AUGUCUCCGAGUGAACUGCUCGGCAAGUAUGCGGGGCAUAUUGUCCCGCAGCGUUUCAACGUUGGUAUUGUUGUGCUCAGCUACAUUGUCAGUCUCAUCGGUGCAGGCUCUACUCUGGAGCUGAUCAAUCGUCGCACUGGAUCCAAAGGGCUCUUCAACAAUGUCUUACUCGGCGGUGCAGCUGUAACAAUGGGAGGGGUCGCCAUCUGGUCGAUGCAUUUCGUUGGAAAUAAGGCUGUCUAUUUCGGCAAUGGAGAGCCUGAGAUCCAAGUCGGCUUCUCCCCCUUAUUCACCGUCAUCUCCUUCUUCGUUCCCAUCCUCGUCCUCCUCGUCGCUUUUCUUGCCAUCGGCACCAACAACGUCGUCUCUUGGCUGCGUGUUUCUCUCGGCGGGUUCCUCUGCGGCUCGGCUGUAUGCGGUAUGCAUUAUCUCGGCAAUGCUUCGAUACAGAAUUACACAUGUACCUACAAACUGAGCUAUGUCAUCAGCUCCGCUAUCAUCGCCGUCAUCGCCAGCACAAUAGCGCUAUCCGUCUUCUUUGUCUUUCGAUCUAUAUGGGCCAACGUGUGGUGGAAGAGACUCUUGUCCGCCCUCUUGCUGGCUGGUGCUGUCUCUGGGAUGCAUUGGUGUGCUGCCUUCGGCACAGAAUAUACUCUUGUUGCGAUAGAGGUGGGAGCCGGUGGAAUGUCACGGGAUGCUACCGUCAUCGUCGUCAUUUGUCUGUCCCUAGGUGCAUGCUUGACCAUCGCUGGCCUCGCAAUCUUCACUGCUAGAAAGAGGAAUCAGUCCGCCCGCCGAGCUCAGAAGAUCACGCUGGGCGCUGCCUUUUUCGAUAAGGAGGGCAGGAUUCUUGUCGACACCGACGGACUUAUUCCCAGCACCGUUGUCACCGACUCCUUCAUUCAGACUAACGACAAGCAACCAUUCACCAUCUCACAUCCUUACUUUCUCUGGAUGUUCCAGGCGACGAGGAGCUGGCCCGGUUUAUACACCCUCAUCGACGGCAUGAAGCGACGUGUAUCCCUGAAGCACAGACGAGUUGUCCAAGAAGUAUCCCCGACCAAAGACGAGCAAGGUCUUCUAUUCCGAGGCCAGUUCUGCCUAGCCGCCGUCCGACUUGCCGAGCGUCUCCGCCAGGAGCUUACAAACAUUGGUGUGCUUUGGGACGAGAUCCUUGCUACCGGCGUGGCUGCGGACCUUGAUCUACACCCCGGCGAUCAAUUAGGAGGGCCCAUGUCGGCCAAGUUCAGGCAACGUCUGCACGAGAAGGGUGCCGCUCUACGGCAGCAGGUUGGGAAGGGCUCGCUGAUGUUUCUCGUUCGUCGCAUUCACAGCGAGCGUGAUCUUGAGCGGCUGGCCAUGGCUGGCUAUCGCUUUGCCGAGGUGGAACACGUCAGCGGUAUAAUCGCAUCAAGAAUGCAAAUCAAGAACAUGGGCGUUGAGGCUAAGCUGCGUCAAAUGGCACAUUACUCCAAUCAGGGCAUGGAGAAGGCUGCUCGUCUUCGUAUCGGGUUCUUUGCCAUCCGAGCCCGUGUCAACACCUCAGGCUUUGACGUCUUAGUCAAAAGGACGACACGCAGCGCUCUUCCAUCGAUCAGCCUACCCAUCUCCAACUUAGAUUCGUGGCAGAGAGAUAUCUUGAAGCGAUUUGAGGGGUUGACAAUGCUGGCCGUGUCCGAGGCUUUAGAAGCGACCAAGAUGUCAACUGGUAGGGAGACCGAAUUCAUCCAUCAUAUCAAGAGCGGGAUUAAAAAGCUUCGUGACUCUCUCAGGGAUAUCAUCACAGAUGAUGCCAUUCUUGCGGCAGGUGUUGUUCAAGUGCCUGGUGGCCCAGCUGGCAUGGCCACGCCCAGCCUCACGUUCAGAACUGUAGCCCCAAUCCAUUCAGUUGUCAACAACACAGAUUACGAGUACAUACCCCUGAGUCUCUUCAAAGCACACCAACUUGUACAAAUGGAAGAAGGCCAGCAAUCAUUCAUCCACAACGUACAUCGCGAAUUCCAGUCCAUUAUUGGGCCACAACCUGUGGAAGAGCCACGCCCGGGAAGUGCCGAUAAGAGCAUCCUCUCCAAGCUUACGAAGAAGAAGAGAAUGUCACACCGACCAUCUGAAGAUUGGGAUGAGGAGCAAGUGUUGGAGGGCAGAUCUGUACGCCGACCGUCUUCAACGGUCUCCACUCAGUCGACCUCAACAGCAGAUCUCUGUCACUCGAAGGAGCGCAGUGACAGGCUUCAGCCUGGGAGUAUGCGACGAAACGACACCCCCAAGCAUCUGAGCGCACCGUCAUUUGGGGGUAUUAUGGUCUCGCGGGAGAUCGCUGUCAACGUGGAGAAGCAGAAGCAUCAAGUCGUUGUGUCAGAGUGCGCCCUGGAGCCCGCGGUGAUCACGAAUGAGGUUUCUGCAAGUCCAGAUAUUGAAUUGCAAGCAAAGGACCAGGACAAGAUUUUCGGCAUUCAGGUGGCUUCAACCCCCAUGAUAGGAGUUCACACCGGCAAUGGGAACCAUGACACAUAUGUCGAUGUGUUAUUUAGAGACGCUGUAGAGGGUCAAUGGUGGAAGAGGUAA